AAUAUGUCCACUCCAAUAGUUUUUAAAAAUUUGCAGAAAUGAAAUUCUUUUAAGUAGUUAGGAUGGAUUCUUGCCUGCCUGCAUCUGGGUGAAGUUGCUGGUUUACAGUUACCUUCCAAAAAAUCCCUCUACAGGUAAUCUGUCAUAUCAAGCAAAUGGGGUUGACAUUUUCAGAGCAGGGACCAGGGAGGUUUGCAAGCAACAGUUUGCUCCAAUACCAACUGAUCAAUUAUCUGACCAGAACUUUGUACAUUCGCAACUUGGUAUCCAAGCAGAGGAGGAGAAUGCUUGUUGGUGGUUAUGAUCUUGACAUGUCAUUCAUCACAGGCCGUUUACUGGCCAUGUCUUUCCCUGCAGAGCGUAUGCAAGCCAUAUUUCGUAAUCCUCUCUGGCAAGUGAAGGAUGUGCUGGACAUGAGACAUAAUGGGCAUUAUAAGGUCUAUAAUCUCCGUGUCGAAGAAAGUUAUGAUCCAUUGCAUUUUCAUGGUCGUGUGGAGACGUUUCCAUUUGAUGACCACCACAUUCCACCUCUGCAGACUAUCAAGCUCUUUUGCAAAAACGUGCAUUCAUGGCUAUCAUCUCAUCCAAAGAACAUUGCUGUUGUGCACUGCAUGGCUGGCAAAGGUAGGACAGGCUUAACGGUAUGUGCCUAUUUAGUUUACACUGGCAUGUCAGCAGAGGAAGCUCUUAAGCUGCAUGCAGAUAAACGAACCACCAACAAUGAAGGAGUGUCAAUUCCAAGCCAACGCCGUUAUGUGGGGUACUGGGAAAGUUUACUUGCUUUCACAAGGGGAGUUGAUUAUAGACCUCCUUAAGUGAACUUACCUCAACCAUGUAGCAGAGAAUUGAAGCGAAUUCGUCUCUAUGACAUUGUUAAGGCAGUCUUCUUUAUGGUUUCAGAACUGCAAGAGGUUACUGGUCAACUAUACCGGCCAUCCCUGGAAGUUGCUAGGAGUUGCUGCAGACAAAUCAAGAAAGGAUAUCAGAGAACGAACAGCCCUCGUUACUAUCUCUCCUUUGGCAACAAUGAUCAACAAGGGACGAAAUCAGAGCAAGGUGAACGCUGUGUUGUAGUUCAAAUGGACACAGAGAGCCCCGUACUCUACCAGAAGGCCUGCCUGGAUUACAAUUUUGACAAACCACUAAAAGUCACUGGAGAUGUGCACAUAAUCUUCUACCAAAAGUCGAUGGGAGGCCGUCUGUUCUAUACGUGCUUCAACACUGCUUUCAUUAGGAACAGCUUGCUGCAGUUCACUGUAAGUAAUUUGGAUAAAAUGGGGCACAAGGGGAAAUCGAUAUGUGGUCCUGCCUUUGGUUUGGAGUUGCUGUUUGGGCCUGCUAAUGCAGAGCACUCAUUUCAGCCUACAUUGGAUGAUGAUGAUUUGCUUUAA